GAAAUAUUAUUUCAUAACAUUUUAUUUGUGAUAAUAGAAUGUAUGAAAUAUGUCUUUCUCAAACAAAAAUUCAGUUAAGGUUACAAAAAAACUUGAUCAUUUAAACCCAAUUAACCAAAUACUAUUUGAAUCAAAUAUAUUGGAAGUCGAUUUAGUUCCUGAUCGAGAUAUGUUUGAGUCCAUUCAAAGAGAAUAUUUUGAUGUAGUAGGAAAAUUUGAUAUAUGUGGACUUGAGCUAAGCAAAAUACCUAAAUCAUUUAACUCAAAUGAUAUAACUGAACAUUGCAAACAUUUAAUACAACAGCAUUAUAUUGUAUCAAAGAAAGUCUUGUUACUUGUUUUACAAAAACAGUCAAAAUGUAAAGAAAUAUUUGAUAAAAUUGUAGAAAUAGAAAAAUAUUUAACAAAUACUGUCAAAAUAUGUAAAAUGUGCAGAAAUGAUUUAAAUUUAGCCACUCAUCAAUUUAUAUCUUCAAGUUUACACAUUUUAUAUCAUUUUAGAAAACAAAAAAUUCUUGAAAGCAUAUUAAAUGUGCUAUACAGUAUUAAAACAUUGUAUCAAACAAAAGACAGACUUCAACAAUUUCUUAAUGAAGAAAAUUAUCCAAAAGUAAUUUCAUUAAUAUCAGAAUGUCAAAAAGCUGCUAUAACUUACAACAAGUAUCACUGUGUUAUUUCCUUGUAUAGUAAUUUAAGUGAUAUUCUUGAGCAAGUUGAAGAAAAUCUAGAUUUAUCAUUGUCUAAAAUUUGCACCAAUUUUGAUAUUAAUAAUUAUUCGUCUAUUCAAGUUGCAUAUAAUUUUUUGGGUAAAUCACAAACAGCAAUGGACCAAUUACAUAUGCAUUUUACUGCUGCAGUUCAUAAUACAGCUUUUAAUUCAAUUCUUAAAUAUUCCCAAGAAAAUGAAAAAAAACAGUAUAAUUACAUAUGCAACUCUAUUUCAUUAUCUAAUUUUUUACCUUGUUUGAUAGAGCUUUGUAGAUCAUUAUUAGUUAUUUUACAGUCUUAUUAUCUUAUUGUAGAUAAACUUAGAAAUGGUAUUAUAAAAGUGUUUAAUGAAGUAGAAAAUAAAAUAACAGUAUAUCUUGAUGGAUUUGAUUUAAUUCCACUUAAAUUUGAAGAGUUUAUAGAAGCUCUGGGUAUAAUUGAUAGGGUGUCAGCAAUAGGAAAUAAAAUUUUUGAAAGGAAUAUGACAAAAUUAUAUAUUUGUAUCAAAGACAAAUUUAUAAAUUAUUUCAAUUUUUAUCAUACUUCUAGAUUAGAUGAAUUAAAAAUAUUUUUAGAAAAUGAUGGAUGGAAAUUAUGUCCUGUUAAAUCUAAUUUUAAUAUUACACAACUAUUAGAAUUUUAUGAAACAAAUGUAUGGACUCAAGAUUUUAUUAAUGGUAUUGCAUUACCUUUUAAUGUAAUUAUGGAUGAAUCUACAAAAGAAGAUUUUCUUCAAACUACGGGAGAUUGUCCUUUAAAAGAUUUGUUCGAAUAUUCAGAUGAUGACGAGAUCCCUGAGGAAUUAAAGUAUGAUUUUGUAGAUGAAAUAAAUAAGGAAAGUACUAUAAAAAAAAAAAGGAAACAUAUUGGUCCUAUUAUAACCAAUACAACAUUGAGUGUUCUUAGAAUUUGUGGAAAAUAUUUACAAGUUACAAGACUUUUUAAAGAUGAAACUAAAAUCGUUAUUCAAUAUAUGAUUCAAAUGUUUGAGUUGUAUUUAUAUGCAGUGUAUAGUUUUUUUGCUACUGACCUUCAAGUAAGCAGCGAUUUUGGUGCAAUGUACGGUACUAACUUAAAACGAACGAUUUCACGUAUAAAAGAUAGUUUAAUUAUUGAUACUACAGAUAUUUCAAGCGAUGUGUUUUCUGAUCGAAAAAUUCAUCAACCAUAUUUGUCAUCUAUCAUUGAUUUGAAUGAUUCGAGUAAACUAUUUUGUAUGCUCGAACGGUUUGUCGCAGUAGAAUCUUUAAUAUUUUUAGGGCAACAAUAUGAAUCCUUUAAAUUUUAUUUGGAUUCUAUUAUAUUUCAUAAAGAAGAUCAAAGAUAUUUAAAUCAAUUUUAUCUUCAGACUGUUACAUCAACUACAGCAUUAAGAAAACCUGUUUACAUGGCAGCAAUUUCUAAAGCUUUUGAUGUGUCCAAUAUUUUAAUUUUAAUGAAUAAAGUAGAUUGGGAACUGAAGGAUGUUAUAUCUCAACAUAGUGAAUAUAUUGAUUAUACCAUACAAGAGAUUGUUUCGAUUAAAACAAAAUUUUUGGAAAUUCAGAAUCAUGUACCUUUAUCUAAAGAUGUUUAUCAAUCAUUAUGGGAAAGUAUAGCUCAUUUGAUUACUCAUACAUUUGUUGAAGGAUUUUCUAAUGCUAAGAAGUGUUCAAAUGGCGGUAGAGCUCUAAUGCAACUUGAUUUUACCCAAUUAAUUUCAAAAUUUGAAACGAUAACCUCAUUAAGGCCUAUGCCUUAUCAAGAAUAUGUAGCAUCAUAUAUUAAGGCAUAUUAUUUACCAGAAUCCGGUAUGGAGGCAUGGAUAAAAACACAUACCGAGUAUUCUGCUAAACAUGUUAUUGGAUUAAUCUCAUGUAUGUAUCAAAAUAGAAAAGUAAAACAAAGAUUAUUGACCUUUAUUGAAGAUCAACGCCUUACUAGAUAAUGUGCCUAUCCAACGA